UUUAGCUAAACAUGGUCACCUUAUUCCCCGCAAAUCAGUCGAUUCAUGGAAUGCCUGCAUACAUGUCAUAUGCAACAAAUAUUAAUUUUACAACUAUGCAAGCGUUUGUUCCAUUCAUUUAUAUUAUUCCAACGUCUGUCAUAAUGAUUGUAAUUCUAAUGAAAUAUCGAACAGCUAAAAUGAUGAUGAACACAGCUUCCAUGGAUCCAAAUAUUUUUGUUACAAUUAUGUUUUAUUUCUUUUUUAAUAUUUUGUUCUUCAUUGGCGAUUAUGUUCACUUGAAUCUACCAUCAUCUGGGCUAGUAACUUCAUGGUGUGCAGGCACACAACCCGGCUGGCCCCAUACUCUCAUUGUUACGUUUGCUUAUUUCGGAGAUUACGGAACUCUUUCUAGCCCCUUUUUGGCUAGUUUGAUUAGACUUGUAAUGAUUUUGUCACCACAUAAUCACGGAAAGUAUUGUCGUCUACUAAUGCGCCGCUUCGUUUUUCCGUUUAUCAUAAUUGUUCCAUUUUCCCUAUCGCUUAUCAGUCUACCGGCUACUGGUUAUUGUAAACAACUCGGACCCCCAUUCAAUUUCGGCGCAAUUAUUGUCUUCGAAAGCGAUUUUUUUGCCAAGAUCAAUGUCAUCGUGCACCUUUCUCUUUCAAAUUUUACGUUUAUUGGUCAUUAUUCAUUGUCAGCAUACAUGUUUUUCAAAAUUCGAAAAACCACUUCCAACACUUCAAAUCAAACAAGAAAACUCAGCAGAAAAGCUGAACUCUCUUUAACACUGACAAUGGCUUCUUGUAUAAUUCCUUACAUCACGAACUCUAUAGUUUCGUAUACCUUUCUAUUUGACCGUAAUAAUUGGCCACGAGUCUUAUUCCUGCGAGUCAUUGGAAAUGACUAUGAAACAUUAAUGAUGCCAUGGGUACUAUUUUUCACUCAUCCAUUAUUUCUUCGAAAUAAAAUUGCAAGAAUGAACACGAAUCAGGGGUCGUCAAUAUGGAAUAGUGGCAGCAAUACUCCAAGACGUUCGUCACAAAAGUUUUGA